AUGUAUCAUAUCGAAGACGACUUUGACGGGCUUCCAACGUUAUUGCAUGGUGACAGUGACGUUCAGUGUGAUGAUGAGUACAGUGAGUUGGAUCUUAUCAUGGCUAAAAGAGAGCGCGAGGAAAGCUUGACACUGAUACCACCGAUACCUAGAAAGAGGCAUAUGGAGCCGAAGAAAAUGCCAUCGAUGCCGUCGGCUGACGGGAUGCGCGAUGGUUUUCUCUCGACGUUCUAUCCUAGUAUGCCAGCUCCAGAUCAAUCCUCAUCGGUAUUAGAGCAUGUAUCGGAGGCGUCGGUACCUCGCACAGCUGGAUUAGCACCUGCGUUAGAACAACCUAUUACUAUUCCACCACCAAUUGCGAGGGAAAUAUUAUCUACUGAAACAUACACACUAUAUAUGUCGAUAUCCAGGGGAACAACAUCUUCGCCGGUAUCACAACAAUCGAUUGUAGAUCCAUCAGUAGAGCAUACUUCUCAAGACAAGCCUGCCAAAGAGAACCCAAAAAUUAAUUCACCAGCUGAUUCAGUGAUUUCAGCCGAUCCCACCGCGACCGAGGUACUUCGAACAGAGCCACCAAGCUACAUGUCAUUCAUUAAAUCAAAUAUGUGGAAGGAAUAUCAGCGUAGGAUGAUGAUCGACAAAAGCCUUGUGCUCGACACCGUGUUUGACAUCGCAACAGGAUU